AUGACUCAGAAAGAAUUAAAUCUGAGACAGAGGUGGAUCGAGCUUCUCAAAGAUUAUGAUGUAAUUAUUAACUUUCAUCCCGGGAAAGAAAAUGUAGUAGAUGAUGCUUUGAGUCAUAAAACGUUUGCAGCUUUACGAGCUUUAUAUGCGAGGUUAUCAAUGAGUAGAGAUGGUACAUUACUUGCAGAAUUAAAGCCUAAGACAACGUUACUAGAUCGAAUAAAAGAUUUGCAAAAUAAAGAUGAUAAGUGCUUGAAAAUGAUAGUGCAAGUGGAAAAAGAAGGAAAUAACGAUUUUGAAGUUAAGUUAGAUGGCCAUUUGUAUUAUCGAGGAAGUCUUGUUAUUCCAAAUAAUGAGGAAUUGAAGAAGGAUCUAUUGACAUAA